CCACAAAUAAACACACCUUCAAUUAUUGUGAAAGAUCGAUUUCAUUUCUAUCGAGGAAGAAAAAAAAUCCCCCGCGGUCAACCUUUUACUUCAUCCAACCGUCAACACCCCCUCCCUUGAAGUCCUACCCUAAGACAUCAAAAAAGAUCAUUCACAAUGCCCCCCAAGAAGGCUCCCCGUCCCGCUCAGGAGAACAUCUCCCUUGGACCUCAGGUCCGUGAAGGCGAGCUCGUCUUUGGCGUUGCCCGUAUCUUCGCCUCUUUCAACGACACCUUCGUCCACGUCACCGAUCUCAGUGGCCGCGAAACCAUCACCCGAGUGACGGGCGGCAUGAAGGUCAAGGCCGACCGCGACGAGUCGUCCCCCUACGCCGCCAUGUUGGCCGCCCAGGACGUCGCGGCCCGCUGCAAGGAGCUCGGCAUCAACGCCCUGCACAUCAAGAUCCGCGCCACCGGCGGCAACGGCACCAAGACCCCCGGCCCCGGCGCCCAGUCCGCCCUCCGCGCCCUUGCCCGCUCCGGCAUGAAGAUCGGCCGCAUCGAGGACGUCACCCCCACCCCCUCCGACAGCACCCGCAGAAAGGGCGGUCGCCGUGGUCGUCGUCUGUGAUCGCGUCAUAUCCUUCACCUCUUUUUUCAUCAUCAACCGGCUACUGCUGCUGGUUUUGGUGGGCGAUCCGGAGGCAGCAAUGAUGGGCGGAAUCAAGGGUUGGCACGAGGGCUUCUUCAUCUCUGUGGCGUUGACAAUUACGAGGAGAACGGCGUGCGUCUAGAAAGGAACAAGACAUGCCUGGUCUCCAUGAUACUUAGGGUAGCUUUGCUUAUUGUCACAUGAUGCCUUUUGGCACGGCUAUAGAAAUGAGAAAACGUUGAUCCAACAAGAA